UUAAAAAUACUGUUCAACGUUAUUAAACGUUAUUGUGUGGCGAAAGCAGAAUAACAUUUUUAUUAUAGUAAAAUGUCCAUUUUAAUAACGAACAUCCAAGCAGCAGGCAGAUUAUGGCUAAACGGAAUAAUUAAACCGGUUACGUCGCCAAGAGCAAUUUCUCGUCUGCCGAUUCUUUUUCAAAUUGAAUCAGAAGUUCAAAAACUCGAAAAGAGCAAUGCACCAGGUGCACGAAAACCUGGUGUCGACGGAAGCUAUAUCAACAUAGACAGAACUGUGCAAAUUCCAGUGGAAACGAGCAUAAAAUACGUCGAAAGCGAAGCUUACAAAAUAACCUACGGAGAAGAGCCGGUCUGGAAACUCUACAGGCGAAACUUUAAAGGUCAAUUUGCUCCUAGGAAAACCAGGAAGACGUGUAUCAGAGGCGGGGUGGUUAGUACUGGAAAUCCUUGCCCCAUUUGUCGAGAUGAAUAUCUCGUUUUGGAUCACAGGAAUACCAAGCUGCUGAACCAAUUCAUUUCUCCAUUCAACGGAGAAACUUUGAGUUAUCAUGUCACGCACAUUUGUCAAAGACAACACAAAAACCUCCUAGUGGCAAUACAGAGAGCGAAAAAUUACGGUACAAUAACAUACGAUCCUCCACAUCGAUCCUACAAUUAUUCUCACUGGUACAAACCUGAAACUUCUCAAAAUUAACUUAUUAAAAAUAAAAUAAUG